CCAUGAGUAGAAAAAUGGUCAGCUUCCAUCCACUUCACUCUCACAGCUCGGCUCUGCUCAGCUACCCCAACUUGCUUGUCUUCUCCCCAACCCAUCCCCAUCUCAAUAAGAGCACCCACCCCCCAUCAUUUGCCGUAGCCGCCCCCAAUGCCGACGACGAUGUCGCCGUCUUUCGCCAGACCCUGACCUGACACGCCUCGCGCGCGCGCAGACAAAGAACCCGCCCGCCGCCGCCAUGGGCGCCUUCCUCCCCCUCCUGCUGCUCGCCGUCGCGGCCAAUGCCGGCCUGCUGGCCACGCCGUCGCAAGCCCUGACCCAGGACGGCCUCCACCUGCUCGACGCCAAGCGCGCGCUCACCGCGCCCGACGGCGCGCUCGCGGACUGGAGCCCCACCUCCGCCACGCCCUGCGCCUGGACGGGCGUCACCUGCGACGCCGCCGGCGCCGUCACCGCGCUCUCCCUCGCCAACGCCAACCUCGCCGGCCCGUUCCCGCCCUCGCUCUGCCGCAUCCCGCGCCUCGCGUCCCUCGACCUCAGCGCCAACUACCUCGGCCCGGAGGUCGCCGUCGCCGGGUGCAACGCGCUAACACACCUCGACCUCUCCGUCAACUCCUUCGUCGGCCCGCUCCCCGCCGCGCUGGCCGCCCUCCCGGAGCUCCUCUACCUCAGCCUCGAGGGCAACAACUUCUCCGGGCCCAUCCCGCCGUCCUUCAGCACAUUCCCGAAGCUCCAGUCCCUCUCGCUCGUCAACAACCUGCUCGGCGGCCAGGUGCCCGCCUUCCUCGCCUCGGUCGCCACGCUCCGGGAGCUCAACCUCUCCUACAACCCCUUCUCACCCGGCCCGCUCCCUCCCUCUCUCGGCGGCCUCGCCGCGCUGCGCGUGCUCUGGCUCGCCGGCUGCAACCUCGUCGGCCCCAUCCCGCCGUCCCUCGGCCGGCUCCGCAACCUCACCGACCUCGACCUCUCCACCAACUCCCUCACCGGGCCCAUACCACCUGCCCUCACCGCCCUGACAAGCAUCAUCCAGAUCGAGCUCUACAACAACUCGCUCUCCGGCGCAAUCCCUUCCGGCUUCGGCAAGCUCGCGGACCUCCGGAGCAUGGACCUCGCGAUGAACCGCCUCUCCGGCGCCAUCCCGGCCGACCUCUUCGAGGCCCCCAAGCUCGAGACCCUGCACCUGUACUCCAACGCGCUCACCGGCCCAGUCCCAGACUCCGCAGCCAAGGCCGCCUCCCUCGUCGAGCUGCGGCUGUUCGCGAACCGGCUCAACGGCACCCUCCCCGCCGACCUCGGCAGGGCCACGCCGCUGGUGUGCCUGGACGUGUCCGACAACGCCAUCUCCGGCGAGAUCCCACGGGGCAUAUGCGACCGCGGCGAGCUGGAGGAGCUGCUCAUGCUCAACAACGCGCUCACCGGCCGCAUCCCGGACGGGCUCGGCCGCUGCCACAGGCUGCGGCGGGUGCGGCUGUCCAACAACAGCCUCGACGGCGACGUGCCCGGGGCCGUCUGGGGCCUGCCGCACGUCGCGCUGCUCGAGCUCAACGACAACCGGCUCACCGGGGGGAUUUCCCCGGUCAUCGCCGGCGCCGCCAACCUGUCCAACCUCGUCGUCUCCAACAACCGGCUCACCGGCCGCAUCCCCUCGGAGAUUGGGUCCGUUGCCAAGCUGUACGAGUUCUCGGCGGACGGUAACAUGCUCUCCGGCCCGCUCCCUUCCUCUCUCGGCGGCCUUGCGGAGCUCGGCCGCCUCGUGCUCCACAACAACUCGCUGUCUGGCCAGCUGCUCCGGGGAAUCCAUUCGUGGAAGAAGCUUAGCGAGCUCAACCUUGCCGACAAUGGCUUCACCGGAGCCAUACCGCCGGAGCUAGGUGAUCUGCCGGUGCUCAACUACCUUGAUCUCUCCGGCAACCGUCUUACGGGCCAAGUGCCUGUUGAACUAGAGAACCUGAAGCUGAACCAGUUCAAUGUCUCCAACAACCAGCUCAGCGGCCAGCUCCCGCCGCAGUACGCAACCGAGGCGUACCGGAGCAGCUUCCUGGGCAAUCCGGGGCUGUGCGGGGACAUCGCUGGUCUGUGUUCGGGUUCGCAAGGAAGGACAGGGAACCGCUCCGGCUUCGUCUGGAUGAUGCGCUCGAUAUUCAUAUUCGCGGCCGUUGUUCUGGUUCUCGGUGUCGCGUGGUUCUACUGGCGGUACCGGAGCUUCAAGAAGGCGAAGCUGAGCGCCGAGCGCUCGAAAUGGACGCUGACAUCGUUCCACAAGGUGUCGUUCAGCGAGCACGACAUCCUGGACUGCCUUGACGAGGACAACGUGAUCGGCAGCGGCGCGUCCGGGAAGGUGUACAAGGCAGUGCUCGGCAACGGCGAGGUGGUCGCCGUCAAGAAGCUGUGGGGCGUGGCGCCGAAGAAGAAGGACGAUGCCGAGAACAACGGCGACCAUGAGGGCUCCGCGGCGGCAGCGGCCGACAGCAGCUUCGACGCGGAGGUGAGGACGCUCAGCAAGAUCCGGCACAAGAACAUCGUGAAGCUGCUGUGUUGCUGCACGCACGACGACUCCAAGCUGCUGGUGUACGAGUACAUGCCCAACGGCAGCCUCGGCGACGUGCUGCACAGCAGCAAGGCCGGGUUGCUGGACUGGUCCACGCGGUACAAGAUCGCGCUGGACGCGGCGGAGGGGCUGUCGUACCUGCACCAGGAUUGCGUCCCGGCGAUCGUGCACAGGGACGUCAAGUCCAACAACAUCCUCCUGGAUGCCGAGUUCAGCGCCUGCGUCGCGGAUUUCGGGGUCGCCAAGGUGGUGGAGACGGCUGGCCGCGUGCCCAAGUCCAUGUCGGUGAUCGCCGGCUCCUGUGGCUACAUUGCUCCUGAGUAUGCAUACACGCUUCGUGUCAACGAGAAGAGCGACAUAUACAGCUUCGGCGUGGUUCUCCUGGAGCUGGUGACCGGGAAACCGCCGGUUGACCCGGAGUUCGGCGAGAAGGACCUGGUGAAGUGGGUGUGCAGCACAAUUGACCAGAAAGGGGUAGAUCAUGUCCUUGACAGCAGGCUGGACAUGGCCUUCAAGGACGAGAUCGGCAGGGUCCUGAACAUUGGGCUCAUCUGCGCGAGCUCCCUGCCGAUCAACCGCCCCGCAAUGCGGAGGGUGGUGAAGAUGCUGCAGGAGGUGCGUGCCGAGGCGAGGCCCAAGCUGGAGCCCUACUACUACGACGACACCUCCGACCAAGGGAGCAGCGUCUAAGGUAAUAACCGGAACGAGUAACACGGUAGCUCCCUUCCCUCCAUGGCUCGGCGGAGCUCUAUAGUAGGUAGUAGGAAGAUCCUCUAAUGGGGUGAAUCUAGGGCGAUGAUUUUGACCGUCGCCGACACCGCUGUAACUUGGAUCAGUUUGCUGCGUUCUUCGGUGAUCAUCUGGUAACGGGGGACGGGUGGGAGUUAGGGCAUGGCUAUUGGCGGUGUUCUUGGUUGUACUAGCUAUCUGUGGGGGCUCGCCAUUGAUUCUGCUAGGGCAGAUGGCUCCUCUGUCCUUGACAAAAGUAUGCCAACGGAAUCCAAAUGUAGGUGUGUGAUUAGUGCUA